AUGACAGACUCUGUUGCAGAAGAGUUUAAGGCACAAGGUAAUGAGCUGUACAAGCGUGGCGAUUAUCAGCGCGCCAUCGACAAGUAUACACAGGCUAUCGAUGCCGCCCCUACCGUCGUAGCCUACUAUGGCAACCGCGCCGCUGCUUCCUUUAUGCUAGGCAAGCACAAAGACGUUGUGACAGACUGCAAUCGUGCCAUUGUCUUUGAUCCACUUUAUAUCAAAGGCUAUGUACGUAAAGCCAAGGCACAGCUUGCACUGGGCGAUAAUGAAGCAGCCAUGAAGACGUAUCAGACAGGGUUAAUGCGUGACCCAAAUAACGCGACUUUAAUCAAUGAAAAGCGUACGCUUGAAAUGGCGCUUGACAAACUACAGCGUGGCAAGGACUAUAUCGCAGCAGGACGAUUCUCCCAGGCAGUGAGUGUUUUAGACGGUGCGGCGCAAGUGUGCUCGGGUUCGAGUCAAUUAAAGUUACUGCGUGCAGAAGCGCUCAUUGGUUGUGAGCGAUACGACGAGGCUUUCGCUGUAUUAACGCAGCUCAUGCGUACAAAUUCAGGCAGUCCCGAGCUUCUCUAUCUGCGUGCCCUCUGUUUGUAUUACCAAGGUGAAUUUGCCAGCGCGAUUAAGCACUUGCAACAAGCUUUGCGCUCGGAUCCAGACAAUUCUAAGUGUAUGAAGGAAAUAAAACGUAUUCGCCAAUUGGAGACCAGCAAAGAGGAGGCCAAUAAUGCAUUCAAGUCGGGUAAAAUGACCGAGGCUGUUGAAUUGUAUACUAAAUGUUUGACGAUCGAUCCAAAAAACAAGUCGUUUAAUUCAAAGAUUCAUUGCAACCGUGCUAAUGCACUAUCGCGUCUAAAUCGACACGAAGAAGCUAUCAAAGACUGCGAUAAGGCCGUAUACUAUGAUCAUGGGUACGCUAAGGCGUAUCUCCGCAAGGCAGCUUGUUUGAAAGCGCUAGGAGGCUUGGAUAAUUUAGAGCAGGCGUUGCGUGUCUACGAUCAAGCUUCGAAACUGGUCGGUGACGAUGCUCAGCGCGAUAUUCAGAGCAACAUUCGCCAGACUAAGCUGGCUAUUAAAAAAGCCAAGCGUAAGGACUAUUACAAAAUAUUGAAUGUCUCGCAGAGUGCCACCGACGCGGACAUCAAAAAAGCAUACAAGAAGCUAGCUCUUAAGUUCCACCCAGAUCGCCACGCGGGCAAAUCGGAUGAGCAAAAGGCCGAGGCUGAAGCUGCUUUUAAGGAUCUCGGAGAAGCCUACGCAGUGCUGUCGGAUGCACAGAAGCGACAGCGUUAUGACUCUGGAGUGGAUCUUGAAGAUCUUGACAGCGAUUACGGUGGAGGUGGUAUGGGUGGCGGCAUGAAUGGCGUUGAUCCUUCGCAAAUUUUCCAGAUGUUCUUUGGAGGCGGUGGUGGCAUGGGCGGCAUGGGUGGCAUGGGUGGCAUGGGUGGCAUGAAUGGAAUGGGAGGCCAGCGUUACCAUUUUGGUUAG